AUGUUUGCACAACAACCAAAAGGACCACCGAUUCCACGACCGCAGCAAAACCUUACAAGCCAAAGUGAACAAGUAGGUAAAGAAAAAUUGGCUGGCUUCGUUUAUGAGUAUUUAGUGCAUAGUGGAGCUACAAAAACUGCAGAAUCAUUUAAAGGAGAAGUGCUAUCAAAUUGCCAGGCUUUUCUGCAACAGAAUAACGUUUCAAAGCAAAUCAGUAUUGGCGAUGCUCCAGGUUUUCUUCAGAAUUGGUUUUUAAGAAUGUGCUUAAAUAUUGGAACUUUUAGAUUAUUUUGGGACUUGUAUUCAGCGGCCCCUGAAAGAAGGGAUCAAUGUGAACCUUCGCAGGAAGCAAAGGCUUUUCAUGAAUACGGGUUCAUGAAUGCGAAUCAUGGUGUACCACCUGGUCCCGCUGGAGCACCAAUGAUAAAUGGAAUCCAUGGUUCACAUCUGUUUCCAUCAGCAGCACCAAGCCCGCUGGGAAUGGGGCCUGGUCCUGGGCCUGAUGGAAUGAUGGCUGCGGGCUACUAUCCUCCACGUUCUGGGCAACCAGGACCAUCAGGAUCGACCAGUCAAGCAUCACCAAUUUCUGGAAAUUUUGCUCCGGUACCUCCCCGAUAUGGCAUGCCAGGAGUAAGGAGUGGACCACCAGGUCCUGGAGGGAUACCACCGGGUGCUGGAUUUCCUGGUGGAGCACCGCAUAUGUUCGGUGAUCAAAUGCGACCAAUGCAACCACAGCGUCUACCUCCUAGUGCAGGCCCAAUGCGCAUGCCUACGAAUUUUCCUGGAAUGCGGCCGAAUGGUCCGAUGCGAUAUGGCUCGCAAAUGUAUAUGGAUUCUCCAACUGGAACACCGUUUGCCCCUAACGCGAUGAUGCCUAACGGUGCGAUGUGUUCUUCGGCUCCUUCAAUGAUGUCCUCGCCUGGUCCUCAGGCUCCUAUGCCGACAGGUCCUGAUGGGCAACCAGAUCCGAGAAGUUAUAUGAUGAUGUCAUCAACUUCAAGCAUGCCGUACGGUGUUCAUGGUUCAGAUGGCAGUAUGACUCCUGGUGCGGGGGGUCGGGGGUCGGCGGGUCCUCAGGGUCCUGGAUCUGAGUCGCAGAUGGUGUCUUUACUUAAUGGCGACGAAAUGAAGUCUUCACCUGCCUCAACUCAGGGUGGGUUAAAUGGCGGUACGCCCGGAACAGCUGGUGGGCCUGGUAGUCAAGCGGCAGUCGGUGGACCUGGAUCAGUAGCUGGGGCUGGCGUUGGUGGGCCGAGUUCUGUUCAGUCACAAAGUGGUGGUUCAGUUGGUGGUGGUGGUGGUGCUGGGCAGGCUGUUGGUCCCGGAGGAGGGACUACUGGUGGAGAUGGGCAAGAUGAAGCCGAAAUUUCGAAAAUCAAGCAAAGUUUAUUUGAUGGUUUGAAUUUGAAGCCUUUUAACGCAAAAGAAGAAGGAGCGUGGUAA